AUGCCACGCCAAUGUAGAGAGGGUAGAAGAUGGAGACGUUCGUGGUGGUAUAGCUGCUUCGGAUGUACCUCUCAUAACCACCUGGAAAUGGAAAUUUUGCAAGCGAUUAUGCAGGGAGAUUCUGAGGAGCUUGAAGCUUGCCUCCAACGUCUACAAUCUUCCCCCAUCAGUUUAACCAUUCGUCGUGAUCAUCCUAACAAGAUGUUCGGUACUUUCUUUCAGCAAUGCUCUCCCUCUAUUUUCGCUGUGGAAUGUUGCCAAUGGCACCUUCUUCCUAUACUCUCUAGUUAUGGCUUCGAUUUUAAUCGACCUCAGCUUUGUCGAAGGUGGACUUGUUUUUGUCGCAAACAGAUAAGGCCAAGUAACUCCCCAUACCGACGAUUAUGGACUAAGGGACAAUAUACAUAUCAAUCGAUAUUGGAUUAUUUCUUUGCCAGCAUUUAUGAAACACUUGGUGAACUAGAAGAUACUCCGUUAUUACUACAAGAAUCAAAAUUCCUUGAAAACCCACUUCAAACUCUUCUUUCUCGAAUUGAUGAACUUCUAGCCUUUGAAAUUGACGUACACCGAAUAGAUUCCAUAAUCGUCUUCAAUUCGCUUGCUGGAUCUUUCGAUCGAUAUCUUUGUACCUACUUUGAUCCCAAUGAUGAAAUUCUUCCAGAUAUUCCAAAGAGAUCUGAUGUAUAUGUUGAAUUGGAAGCUUUGCAGCGUCUAAUUGAAAACGGAUUUUCAGAAUUCGAGUUCAUGGAAUAUGUUAGUUCUAAUACGAAUUGGUUUGGAAUCCUUAUUUCCCUUCUUGCACAUCCUAGACUUCGGAACCUUGUAGAAGCAAAUCGUCCAGUUCCUCCUUUGAUAAAAUCUGCCGCGAUUCUAUUAAUUAAUCUUCUAGUUUGGAGGCACAAACUUCCACGUGCAUCCAUUGAUCUUCAAGACUGUGUUAAUAAUCUCAGUUUGAGGAAAACAUACGUUAGGCGGUAUGCUGAGCAGAGAAACCUAUUCGAUUCUCGAGUUGCUGGAAUUAUUCGAGAAAGCGAUAAUCUUCUGAGAUCGCCGCCAUGCCUGGGUCUCAUAGCUCGAAAUCGCAUUCGAUGUAUUUUGGGAGGGAAAGGAUUCAAAGCCAAAGUGGAAAGUCUAGGACUCCCUCAAAAUCUCACCACUUUUCUCUCAGGUGUAGGCACUGAGCAUAUGGCAUGGGUUCGGGCUCCUCCUUUUCUAGUUGCUGUGGCAACAGGAAAGUUGACUGCUGCUACUUUUGAGGAUUGGGAAAGAAAUUGGGGUGUUGAGAUUGAAAAGAUUGUUGAAAGCGAUAGAAUUAGAACAUCGCUGAUGCCUCCACCGGAAUCUUUUCAAACUGAGGAGCCUAUUGAGUCUAAAGUCGAUCGAUCGGCGUCGUUUUCUGAAAUGAUCAAUUAUGGGCCGAGUUUGAUUAAACGAAGAGCUUCAGCUUGCCCUCGGAUUAGUCGAUUGCAGCCCAUGACAGGUCCGGUAUUACGCAUUCAGAGAUCGAUGACUGCAGUGGUCCGUGGACCUCGACCCCGACCUAGACCCUCAUCUGCACCCCUCCUCAAAGUCACUCCUCCCAAGGUCGGCGCACAUCGAUUGCAGUUGCCUGUACGAUGA